ACCCCCGAUCCUUCCAGGCUGGAGCUUCUGCAGCUCACGCUCCUCCUCCCGCUCCCCACCCCCCAGCCAGCCGCGGCCCGGUACCAGCUUGUGGUCCCGCGAGGGGAGCGGUCGGUACCUCGUGCUCCAGAGACUGCCGUGGUCCGCACUCGUGGCGCGUGGCACUAGCCAUGGCGAUGGAUCAAGUGAACGCGUUGUGUGAGCAGCUGGUGAAAGCGGUGACGGUCAUGAUGGACCCCAGCUCCACCCAGCGCUACCGGCUGGAAGCCCUCAAGUUUUGUGAAGAGUUUAAAGAAAAGUGCCCUAUCUGUGUCCCCUGUGGCUUGAGGUUGGCUGAGAAAACACAAAUUGCCAUCGUCCGACAUUUUGGCCUUCAAAUCCUGGAACACGUUGUCAAGUUUCGGUGGAACAGCAUGUCUCGAUUGGAGAAGGUCUAUCUGAAGAACAGUGUCAUGGAGCUGAUUGCAAAUGGAACACUGGAUAUUUUGGAAGAAGAGAACCAUAUUAAAGAUGUUUUGUCUCGAAUUGUAGUAGAAAUGAUCAAGCGGGAGUGGCCACAGCACUGGCCUGAUAUGCUAAUAGAACUGGACACCCUUUCCAAACAAGGGGAAACACAGACAGAAUUAGUGAUGUUUAUCCUUUUACGACUGGCAGAGGAUGUAGUGACCUUUCAGACACUACCCCCUCAAAGAAGAAGGGAUAUCCAGCAAACAUUAACCCAGAACAUGGAAAAGAUCUUCAGUUUUCUACUUAACACGCUUCAAGAAAAUGUAAACAAGUACCGACAAGUGAAGACAGAUAAUUCUCAGGAGUCAAAGGCCCAAGCAAACUGUCGAGUAGGAGUCGCAGCGCUGAAUACUCUAGCAGGCUACAUUGACUGGGUGUCCAUGAGUCAUAUUACUGCUGAAAACUGUAAGCUCUUAGAGAUGCUCUGCCUGCUUCUGAAUGAACAGGAACUUCAGUUGGGAGCAGCUGAGUGUCUUCUCAUUGCAGUCAGCAGAAAAGGCAAGCUGGAAGACCGGAAGCCCUUGAUGGUCUUAUUUGGGGAUGUUGCCAUGCACUAUAUACUCUCUGCUGCACAGACUGCUGAUGGAGGAGGCUUGGUAGAAAAACACUAUGUCUUCCUGAAGAGACUCUGUCAGGUGUUGUGUGCUCUGGGCAAUCAACUAUGUGCAUUACUGGGUGUGGAUUCUGAUGUAGAAACACCAGCAAACUUUGGAAAAUACCUGGAAUCUUUUCUUGCUUUCACAACCCAUCCAAGUCAGUUUCUACGCUCUUCAACUCAAAUGACUUGGGGGGCUCUUUUCCGGCAUGAGAUCCUAUCCCGUGACCCUUUGCUAUUAGCAAUAAUACCAAAAUAUCUUCGUGCUUCUAUGACUAACUUGGUCAAGAUGGGCUUUCCUUCUAAAACAGACAGCCCUAGCUGUGAAUACUCUCGGUUUGAUUUUGAUAGUGAUGAGGACUUCAAUGCUUUCUUCAACUCCUCCCGGGCCCAACAAGGAGAGGUAAUGAGGUUAGCAUGUCGUUUGGAUCCUAAGACUAGCUUCCAGAUGGCUGGGGAGUGGCUAAAGUAUCAGCUGUCAACUUCUGUUGAUACUGGAUCCAUGAACUCCUGUUCUCCUGCAGCUGGAACUGGAGAAGGCGGCCUCUGCUCCAUCUUUUCAUCUUCAUUCGUGCAGUGGGAAGCCAUGACUUUUUUUUUGGAAAGUGUGGUCAACCAGAUGUUUCGGACACUAGAUAAAGAAGCAGUUCCUGUUAAUGAUGGAAUAGAGCUGUUGCAAAUGGUCCUGAACUUUGACACCAAGGAUCCUCUCAUCCUGUCCUGUGUCCUCACUAAUGUCUCAGCACUCUUUCCAUUUGUCACCUACAGACCAGAGUUCCUGCCCCAGGUCUUCUCUAAGCUAUUUUCAUCUGUCACUUUUGAAACUGUUGAAGAAAGUAAGGCCCCCAGAACCCGGGCAGUGAGAAAUGUGAGGAGACACGCUUGUUCGUCCAUCAUCAAGACUUGUCGUGACUACCCCCAGCUCGUACUGCCCAAUUUUGACAUGCUUUAUAACCAUGUGAAGCAACUCCUCUCCAAUGAGUUACUCUUGACACAAAUGGAGAAGUGUGCCCUCAUGGAAGCCCUGGUUCUCAUUAGCAACCAAUUCAAGAACUACGAGCGUCAGAAGGUGUUCCUAGAGGAGCUGAUGGCACCAGUGGCCAGCAUCUGGCUUUCUGAAGACAUGCACAGAGUGCUGUCAGAUGCUGAUGCUUUUAUUGCCUAUGUGGGCGCCGAUCGGAAGAGCUGUGACCCAGGCCCAGAGGAUCCCUGUGGUCUAAACCGCGCACGAAUGAGCUUUUGUGUAUAUAGCAUUCUGGGUGUUGUGAAACGAACUUGCUGGCCCACUGACCUAGAAGAGGCCAAAGCUGGGGGAUUUGUGGUGGGUUAUACACCCAGUGGAAAUCCAGUCUUCCGUAACCCCUGCACAGAACAGAUUCUGAAACUUCUUGACAAUUUGCUUGCUCUUAUAAGAACUCACAAUACUUUAUAUGCACCAGAAAUGCUGGCCAAGAUGGCAGAGCCUUUCACAAAAGCUCUGGAUAUGCUUGAAGCGGAGAAAUCUGCAAUUUUAGGCUUACCUCAACCUCUCUUGGAACUGAAUGACUCUCCUGUCUACAAAACGGUCUUGGAAAGAAUGCAGCGUUUCUUCUGCACUCUCUAUGAAAACUGUUUCCAUAUUCUCGGGAAGGCGGGUCCUUCCAUGCAGCAGGACUUCUACACUGUGGAGCACCUUGCUACUCAGCUCCUCAGCUCGGCCUUUGUCAACUUGAACAAUAUUCCUGACUACCGACUCAGACCCAUGCUUCAUAUCCUUUCCAAACCUCUGGUGCUCUUCUGUCCCCCGGAGCACUACGAAGCCCUGGUGUCUCCAAUCCUUGGACCUCUUUUCACCUACCUCCACAUGAGGCUUUCCCAGAAAUGGCAAGUCAUCAACCAGAGGAGCCUGCUGUGUGGGGAAGAUGACACCGCAGAUGACAACCCAGAGUCUCAAGAGAUGUUAGAAGAACAACUGGUGAGGAUGUUAACCCGAGAAGUCAUGGACCUAAUCACGGUGUGCUGUGUUUCAAAGAAAAGUGCUGACCACGGUACUGCACCCCCUACAGAUGGAGAUGAUGAAGAAAUGAUGGCCACAGAGGUCGCCCCCUCCACCAUGACGGAGCUCACAGACCUGGGCAAAUGCCUAAUGAAGCAUGAGGAUGUUUGUACGGCGCUCUUAAUUACAGCCUUCAAUUCCCUUGCCUGGAAGGAUACUCUGUCCUGCCAGAGGACGACCACCCAGCUCUGCUGGCCUCUGCUCAAACAAGUGCUGUCAGGGACACUGCUCGCAGAUGCUGUCACGUGGCUUUUCACCAGCGUGCUGAAGGGCUUACAGACGCACGGGCAGCAUGACGGCUGCAUGGCUUCCCUGGUGCACCUGGCCUUCCAGAUCUACGAGGCGCUGCGUCCCAGGUACCUGGAGAUCAGAGCUGUGAUGGAGCAGAUCCCGGACAUACAGAAGGACUCUCUGGACCAGUUUGACUGCAAGCUGUUGAACCCCUCUCUGCAGAAAGUGGCUGACAAGCGCCGGAAGGACCAAUUCAAACGCCUCAUCGCUGGCUGCAUCGGGAAACCCUUAGGAGAGCAGUUCCGAAAAGAAGUUCACAUUAAGAAUCUUCCCUCACUUUUCAAAAAAACGAAGCCAAUGCUGGAGACGGAGGUGCUGGACAACGAGGAGGGCGGCCUGGCCACCAUCUUUGAACCCUGAAUCAAACUUUUGGGCAUUCUUCCUCGGCCUUUAUUGUCAUCUCUUGUUCCCCUUUGUAGCUAACGUCUAGGCCCCUCUCCACUGCCACCUCACUCUGCACCACUGUCAGCCUGGAGAGAGGUCCAGGUCUGGAGCUGGAGAGAGGGGGCCUGGGGCAGGGCAGAAGUAACAAUAUUAAGGUAUCAAGAAAGGGAGUUUGUGCUCACACCAUUCCGUCUAGAUCUCCCAGCUAUCUCCCCUUCUACUUGGAGUUUCCACUUUUCCACGAAAGAAAAGCUAGAGCAGACAGGCCCUACUCCCCAAGCCCUCCCACCCCCAUGUAGCCGUACACCUGUGUAGAACGGUAACUCGGGGUGCUGACACCCAACACUGCGACUAGCCAGGCUUGCACAGGGGCUCGGUCCGCACUGCUUGUGCCAGAGUUCCUCCUGGGCCACUGCAAGUCCCACUGAGCCCCCCUACUGCUGGGCUGGCAGAGAACCUUCCCCGUCCCCCAGGGGCA